CUGUCCUACACGGGAAGCAGAGAAGCAAUAAGACCAACAUUCUUGAAGAAAAAUAGAAGCACUAAGGCAAGAAAGCAGAAACAAAAAUUAAUAUUGGAGCCAGCAAACCUACGGUUUGGGAACAAGAAAUGGAGAGCACUGGAUCCUCAGGGCGCCUCUGGGAGUUGCAGUUUGAGCGCAGUUCCGGGCGGGGAGGAGCCUUUGCCGCUGUCUCCGUCUCUGCCGUUAGCAGCGCGGAACUACGAGUCCCGGGGUCCCUUGCGGCCGCCGUAGUCAAGUGGCCGGUGGAAUUGGCCCAGGAUGACAGCUGGAGAAUGGAGUCAGGAUUCCUAAAUAGUGCCAUAGCAGAAGAGAUGCAAGGCUUAUCCUUUAUAGGGCAUAUCCAGGCUGGCAUCAUACCAAAACCAGUUUUAUCCAAGUAUGAAAACCAGAUUACUAUUUUCGCUGACUACCUAGAAGAAUUUCCAGAUACAGAUGAGCUGGUAUGGAUCUUGGGGAAACAGCAUCUUCUUAAAACCGAAAAAUCUAAGCUGUUGUCUGAUAUAAGUGCUCGUCUGUGGUUUACAUACAGAAGGAAAUUUUCACCAAUUGGGGGAACGGGCCCUUCGUCAGACGCCGGCUGGGGAUGUAUGCUACGCUGUGGACAGAUGAUGCUGGCUCAAGCCCUUAUCUGCAGACACUUGGGCAGGGACUGGAACUGGGAGAGACAGAAAGAACAACCCAAAGAAUACCAACGAAUCCUACAGUGCUUCCUAGAUAGAAAAGACUGUUGCUACUCUAUCCAUCAAAUGGCACAGAUGGGUGUAGGAGAAGGGAAAUCAAUUGGCGAAUGGUUUGGACCAAAUACAGUUGCACAGGUGUUAAAAAAACUUGCUUUAUUUGAUGAAUGGAAUUCCUUGGCUGUUUAUGUUUCAAUGGAUAACACCGUGGUUAUUGAAGAUAUCAAAAAAAUGUGCCACACCCUCCCCUUGAGUGCUGAAACAGCUGCCGAGAGCCCCCCUGAGUCUCUGAAUGCUUCGACCCAGAGUAAGGGCCCCUCUGCCUGCUCUCCAGCCUGGAAACCCUUGCUGCUCAUUGUGCCCCUCCGCCUGGGCAUAAACCAAAUCAAUCCUGUCUAUGUCGACGCCUUCAAAGAGUGUUUUAAGAUGCCACAGUCUUUAGGGGCAUUAGGAGGAAAACCAAAUAACGCCUAUUAUUUCAUAGGAUUCUUAGGUGAUGAGCUCAUUUUCCUGGACCCUCACACAACCCAGACCUUUGUUGACACUGAGGAGAACGGGACGGUUGACGACCAGACUUUCCAUUGUCUGCAACCUCCACAGCGAAUGAACAUCCUGAACUUGGAUCCUUCCGUAGCAUUGGGAUUUUUCUGCAAAGAAGAAAAAGACUUUGAUAGCUGGUGUAGCCUUGUUCAGAAGGAAAUUCUAAAGGAGAAUUUAAGGAUGUUUGAAUUAGUUCAGAAACAUCCAUCACACUGGCCUCCCUUUGUUCCUCCAGCCAAGCCAGAAGUGACAACCACGGGGGCAGAAUUCAUCGACUCUACUGAACAACUAGAGGAGUUUGACCUGGAGGAAGAUUUCGAGAUUCUGAGCAUAUAGAAUAGUGGGAACUCACCUUGGAGAUCUGUCUUCCAUCUGGCACCAGAAGAACAUGAAUUCAUCACAAAAAACUUUUCUAGUCAGCAAGUGCCUGAUAUGCCAACAGCAUACAAACUUGAUAGCAAUCAUGACUGAGCCAAUCACCUUUUCUCAGAAAAAAACACACAAGUGAACAAUAUACCCCUUCCCCAGAAAGAACUAAAACAAUCAUGGAAUCUAGGAGCAGAAAGAUUAGGAGUCGUCUCUUGCACUUCCCAGCUUCUUACAUGGCCACAGCGAAUCUUCAGCUACUGAAAUGAGGAGGUGGAUGUCUGGAAGAUAGACAGCAACUCCCACCUUGCUUCCAGCACCAGCAGAUGAGAGAUGGUUACCCUGUGCUUCUUCACCCUUUCAGGUUAGACCUCUCUGGGCUAAAUACUAAGAAGCAACCUGUUCUCUUGCUCUAAUAAUAAAGUGAUAAUCGUAUCAGGGAAAAAAA